CACGAUGCAGAAAUGCAUCAUGUCAUCUUGGCGACAUCUGGACGCUUGGCUUUAACAAGAGUGCAAUUACUGUCACGUUAUUCUGUUUUAUGUAACUUUAUUUGCUGACUUAAUUUAUUUAGUAACUUUAGUAUUUGUCAUGAGUUUACGUGCUCGUUUGACAAACUACGCGAAUGGUGAGGGAGCGCUCCUCUUGGACGGUGGAUUAGCAACACAACUGGAGGCUCAAGGUGCAAAAUUACAGGGGGACCCUCUGUGGAGUGCCAGGCUUUUGGACACAGAUCCUCAGGCUAUUAGCGAUGCUCAUCACAUCUUUCUCUCGAGCGGCGCCGACAUCAUCACCACAGCCACCUACCAGGCGACCAUUCAAGGUUUCGUCCGACACCUAAAUGUGAGCCUGGACGCCGCCGGGGAGCUGCUAGUGUCUGGGCUUCACCUCGCCAAACAGACAGUCGCCGCAUACGUGUCCGACGCUAAUGGGAAAGCGUGUCCCCUGGUGGCGGCGUCGGUGGGACCCUAUGGAGCCUCCUUGCACGACGGUUCCGAGUACACCGGGGCGUACGCUAAGAUGAUGAGCGUUGAGGAGCUGAAAUCUUGGCAUAGGCCUCAGCUGGAAUGUUUGGCGGCGGCGGGAGCUGACCUCCUGGCUUUCGAGACCAUCCCAAGUCCCAAAGAAGCCGAAGCGCUGGUGGAGCUCCUGCGAGAAUUGCCGAACUGCGACGCUUGGCUCUCGUUCUCUUGCAAGGAUGGGGCGUGUCUAGCAGAUGGUAGCCCGUUUGGCGACGGAGUUCGUGUCGCCAACAGGUCGACGCAGCUGCUGGCCGUGGGAGUCAACUGUUGUCCUCCUGAGUGGGCGGAGACUCUGCUGGAGUCAGCCAGGUCGCUGAAGAGUCCCAACAUGAGCUGGGUGGUGUACCCCAACAGUGGGGAGGAGUGGGAUGCUGAGCAGGGAUGGCGAACAUCGUGUGGGAAAUCGUCAAUACCGGCACUCAGUCACACAUGGAUCAAACAAGGCGCCGCUUUGAUUGGCUGGAUGACAAGAGGGUUCACAUCUAACUCAACACGUGGGCGUGUUGGUUCUCUAGCGGAAUGCACGGAGGGGUUGCUGUCGCGUGGGUCCCGAUCAGAUUGCCGAGCUGAGACGACAUUUGGAAGGGAGAGGCAGCGGUGGACACGGACGUGGAAAUAUAACGUGAAGAUGAUGGCCUCAGGAGACAUCAUUUAUUGGAAAAUAAACAGCAAAUACACUCGUGCGUGUACAGUGAUGUCACCAGUGAGGGAAAAACGAGUCUGGGUGGUCGCUAUAAACAAACAAUGAUGGAAAAAUACUAUAUACAUUACUAAAUACAACCAAGUAGGUUUACAAUGUACAUUUUCUUUUAGUCUAUAAAGACAAAAGAAAGGUAAAAAGUACGACGUAAGGUGACAUUACGUCACUGUUUACGUACAAAUAAAUAGUACUAUCAUGUAACAACUUGUUUUUAUACAAAUACAUCAAAUUUGUAUUUAUCCGCCAGAGAAAACAGUCCCAAGAUGAUGAUGUCACAGCACUUUUACGAGUACUUUACGCCACUGCCGCCUCUGGAUGGAGGUGGUAUUACAAGUGAACCCUGUUUACGGGCCUUCUUGACAGCUGUGCCUUCCUGCGGGGUCGACCUGGGGGAUUCAGUCCGUCUCGUCCUCCUCCAGGUCGCUGUUGGGGGAGCUCCUCUGUCUGUUCUCUGCAGUGUUAGGCAGGCACCUCCAGGUGGCGUCCUUCUGACUACCCAUGCUGUGCGAGCGUCCCAGCUGGACCAGGCGCUUGGCAGACGUCCUCGCCUCCACUUCCUCCGUGUCGUGACGCAGGUUCUCCAGAUUGAGAGCCCAGGGGCCCAGCUUCUGCCAGUUGACUCUCUGGAAGGCCAUGAUGCAGUGCAGGUUGCCGCCCACCUGUGACCCCACAACGUUUGUGGCUACUUCCUGGUUUGUGUUUUUUGUGGAAUUGGCUCAUGUUUUUUUUUCCCGGCAAAGGAUGUAAUUAAACAGAGCUGCUUGCUUCACGCUAUUGUUAGGUGGCGCUAAUAAAAAGUGGUACCUUUUUGGUGGUGCGCCUCUGGAUGCCCUUCUCCGUGUGGCGAAUGUCCAGGUACUCUGGAUUCUGGGUGUUGAGGUCGGUCACGAUGUCCAACCACCUGCACGAAAACACUUAAAACCCCAAAAAGAUCCCCCACAAAACCCCCAAAUUCAACAGGUGCUUACUUUUUACAGUGGAUAGCCGCAUGCUUCCUGCUGGGUUCUCCAAUCAGGAUCCAGUGUUCCAUCUCACUGGUGGGCAGAGGACCUCUGGAAAAAACAGACUCAACAUGAGGAAUUGUGUGACAUCGUCUGCAUGGCUCCCACGGGUGAUUAGGGGGAAAAAAAAACUCAUGUCCCAUUUUUGUAAUUGAUUUAUGACCUUACUUCAUCAUGCAAUAUCACCAUGUGUGACAUCACCAUAUGUCUGAUAUCAUCAUAUGUCUGAUACCAUAUGGCUAAUAUCGCCAAUCUAUGAUAUCACUAUGUCUAAUAUCACCAUAUGUCUGAUAUGACCAUUUUCUGAUAUUACCAUAUGUCUGAUGAUAUACUGUAUGUCUGAUAUUGCUACAUGGAUGAUGUCACCAUAUGGCUGAUAUUACCAUGUCUGAUAUUUCCAUACGUCUGACAUCACCAUAUGGCUGACAUCAUCAUAUGUCUGAUAUCACAUGUCUAAUAUUUCCAUAUGUUUGACAUCGCCAUAUGGCUGAUAUCACCAUAUGUCUGAUAUCACAUGUCUGACGAUAUACAUGUCUGAUAUUGCUACAUGGAUGAUGUCACCAUAUGGCUGAUAUUACCAUGUCUGAUAUUUCCAUACGUCUGACAUCACCAUAUGGCUGACAUCAUCAUAUGUCUGAUAUCACAUGUCUAAUAUUUUUAUGUUUGACAUCGCCAUAUGGCUGAUAUCACCAUAUGCCGAUAUCACAUGUCUGACGACAUAUGUCUGAUAUCGCUACAUGGAUGUCACCAUAUGUCUGAUAUCACCAUAUGUCUGAUAUCAUGUCUAAUAUUUCUAUAUAUUUGACAUCAACAUACGUCUGAUAUCACAUGUCUAAUAUUUCCAUAUGUCUGACAUCGCCAUAUUGCUCAUAUCACCAUUUUCUGAUAUCACCAUAUGUCUGAUAUGACCAUUUUCCAAUAUUACCAUAUGUCUGAUGAUAUAUGUCUGAUAUUGCUACAUGGAUGAUGUCACCAUAUGGCUGAUAUUACCAUGUCUGAUAUUUCCAUACGUCUGACAUCACCAUAUGGCUGACAUCAUCAUAUGUCUGAUAUCACAUGUCUAAUAUUUCCAUAUGUUUGACAUCGCCAUAUGGCUGAUAUCACCAUAUGUCUGAUAUCACAUGUCUGACGAUAUACAUGUCUGAUAUUGCUACAUGGAUGAUGUCACCAUAUGGCUGAUAUUACCAUGUCUGAUAUUUCCAUACGUCUGACAUCACCAUAUGGCUGACAUCAUCAUAUGUCUGAUAUCACAUGUCUAAUAUUUUUAUGUUUGACAUCGCCAUAUGGCUGAUAUCACCAUAUGCCGAUAUCACAUGUCUGACGACAUAUGUCUGAUAUCGCUACAUGGAUGUCACCAUAUGUCUGAUAUCACCAUAUGUCUGAUAUCAUGUCUAAUAUUUCUAUAUAUUUGACAUCAACAUACGUCUGAUAUCACAUGUCUAAUAUUUCCAUAUGUCUGACAUCGCCAUAUUGCUCAUAUCACCAUUUUCUGAUAUCACCAUAUGUCUGAUAUGACCAUUUUCCAAUAUUACCAUAUGUCUGAUGAUAUAUGUCUGAUAUUGCUACAUGGAUGAUGUCACCAUAUGGCUGAUAUUACCAUGUCUGAUAUUUCCAUAUGUCUGACAUCACCAUAUGGCUGUUAUCACCAUACGUCUGAUAUCACAUCUCUAAUAUUUCCAUGUCUGACAUCACCAUAUGGCUGUUAUCACCAUACGUCUGAUAUCACAUCUCUAAUAUUUCCAUGUCUGACAUCACCAUAUGGCUGUUAUCACCAUACGUCUGAUAUCACAUCUCUAAUAUUUCCAUAAGUCUGACAUCGCCAUAUGGCUGAUAUCAUCAUACGUCUGAUAUCACAGGUCUAAUAUUUCCAUACGUUUGACAUCGCCAUAUGGCUGAUAUCACCAUUUUCUGUGUCGCGGGCGAUGUCAAACGACCACGGUGCUUGUUUAGUAAAUAGUCAUUCAUUCAUUCAUUCAUUCAUUUCGAGAUCUUUGUAUAAAUAUAAUUUGGUAAUAAAAAGCACCCAAGCACCCAUGGUAAUAGCACUGUACACCUGUGUGUGCACCUGUUGUGUACCUGUAGGCCUUGGCUGCUUUGAGGGGCGUGGCCUCAAAGCCCACGGGGCAGCAGUAGUGGUUCUGGCAGUGGUAGAUGUACGCCAUGGAGCUGUCCUUCAGGCCCUGGGUCAGCUUCAGCAACGCUCCCUCCGCUAAAAAAGAACAACAAAAAAUUGUUUUUUUAAAUAGUCACAUGGUGUUGCUGUCAAGGGGCGGAGACUGGCCUGUUUCCCCCGCCGUCUUGUGUUUGCCGUGCGGCUUGUACAGGAUGUACGAGCAGCCUCGCACGCGGAAGUUGUCGUUGAUUUGCCGGAACCACCUUGAGAUGUCAGAAGAACACAGUCGGCACCGUUAGCACACUCCUCUGCGUCGCCGAUGCCCGUCCGAAUCGCGUACCGCAUGAGCGUGGCGUUUCCCGUGAAUGGCCCAAACUUGAUCUCGUCAAAAGGCGGCUGGUAGCCCAGGAUGUGCAGCGCCUCCUCUUGAGAGAUGGGCGGCAGGCUGGCGGGCAAAAAACACCACAAGUCAAGACAGCGCCUUCUCCAUAAGCGAUGAUGCUGCUGCUGCUGCUGACCUUCCUGCCCCCAGCGUGCUGUACAGGAAGUUCCAACACGACACCAAUGACGAGAUCCCACAUGACGUCUUGUACUGUGGCCGGCUGAUACAGUACCUGUCAACCACCAUCAACACACUUGUUGCACUGCCUGUGUGGCUUAUUCAUUUUAUUUAUUACUGCCUGUGUGGCACAUAUGGUAGAAGGAGUCAGUAUUGAAUAAUAGCGUCUUGCAAACUAGGCCACAAAACAAGAUACAAAAGGGAAGCAAACGUACAUAAAUAUGAAGAAUGCAGAUGGAGAUCUGGUAUUUCACGUACAUUGUUAUCUGUUCUGAACCUUUAUGUGUAUGAAUGUCAAAGAAUGUUCUGUAGGGAAGCUAUCUGAUGACCCACAUUGUCACAUGGUUGAAGCCUGAUGUACAGUAUAAGGAUGCAUGAUAAUUAUCGGGCUGAUAUGAAGGAAUUAUGACAUCAUACCGAUAAAUGCCAUUAAAAAUAGCUACGAUAACCAAUAAUUAAUUUAAAAAACGCUCCAAGGAGGCAAGAUGACCAAUUCUGUGAGGGUGACCAACUCAAGCGAUCCUUUUUUCUCCUGCCUGUGACGUUAACGGCCUGUUGUAACGUCACCCGAGCGCACUUGUAAACAAAGUAACAAACAUUCACUUUCAGAGGAAGACAUUUCACCUGCUCGUUGUACCAAAUGCUCUGCGAUGUGGGGGGGAAAAACCCAUCGAGCACACAAAAAAAAACUAUCUGCCACUUGAAACGUCAGCAUUGCUACGACACCUGCUGCUUGUUGUGCCGUGGCGUUUGAAAAGUGCAGAAGGUUCGCCAGAGACCUCCAUGGCGUCACACUGGCUGCUCGGAGCGUGUUCCCGAAUACGGGGCACCUUGCUAGGCCACGACAGGUGGCUCCUCUCACGCUAUACUCUACUGUAUACUUCAUAAAUGUUCUUUUCGUAAUAUUAUUACUCUAUUCCCGUAAUAUUAUACGUUUUUAACUAACCAAAUUUUCCAAAAAUUACAACUUUAUUUUAAAACUUAAAAAAUAAAAACAACAAUGUGUUUUUAUUUUUAAUAUUUCAACUACAGAAUGUGCUACUAAAAUGAUUGUUUUCGUCAUAAUAGUAGACAUUUACUCUCGUAAAAUUGCUUUGUUUUUUUAAUGUUUUUUAAAAAAUAUUCUCUCAAUAUUUUGACUUUAUUCUCGUAAAAUUACUGCUGUUUUUUCAAUUUCUGCUGUGUUCUUUUUUUC